AAGAACAAGCUCGGAUCCUUCACUGCACCUACUCCCCAGAACACACCUAUUAAUCCUGCCCCCAUCGCCUCCAACUACCGUCCCACCGUAACGACUAUUUCAGAAGACAUGGAGACUAUUACUACCCCCGGUGCCUCUGGUCAGGCCUCUGCUCUCAGCGGUGCCUUCACUGGCAACCCUGCUCUUAUCAGCAUGCUCCAGGGCAAGCUUGGCAACCUUGUUGGUCGUCCCUCAGGUUAUAUUGACUCUCUCCCUGCCCAGGUCAAGCGUCGCAUUAAUGGCCUCAAGUACUUCCAGUCCAAGCACGGUGAAUUGGAACACAAGUUCCAGGAAGAAGUCCUUGCCCUUGAGAAGAAGUACCUUGAGUUGUACCGCCCCCUCUACGAGAAGCGUGCUGAAGUAAUCAGCGGCAAGUACGAGCCCACCCCUGAGCAAAUCGCCAUCGGUGAGAAGGUCGACGAAGAAGACGAAGAUGAGGAGGAGGACGAUAAGAAGAAGGAUGAAGAGGAAGAUGAGAAGGACGAGGAGGAUAUUGUUGGUAUCCCCGAGUUCUGGCUCACUCUCUUGAAGAACCACCCCCAGAUUGCCGAGACCAUCACUGAGAGUGACGAGGAGGUCUUGAAGCACUUGGUCGAUGUCCGCAUGUCGUACAUGGAAAACCCUGGCUUCAAGCUCGACUUUGAGUUCUCUCCCAACGCCUUCUUCACCGAGAAGAUCCUCAGCAAGGUCUACUACUACCAGGACCACGCCUACGGUGGUGACUUUGUCUACGACCACGCCGAAGGUUGCGAAAUUCACUGGAACGAAGGCAAGAACCUUACAGUCACUGUUGAGACCAAGAAGCAGCGUCACAAGGGUACAAACAAGACUCGUGUAGUCAAGCGUACCGUCCCCGCCGACUCCUUCUUCCUUUUCUUCAGCCCACCUGCCUUCCCUGGUGAGGAAGAAGAGCUCGAUGAAGAAGAAGCCGAAGGUCUCGACGCCAAGCUCGAGGCUGAUUACGAGAUGGGUGAAGAGUUCAAGGAUAAGAUUAUUCCCCGUGCCGUCGAUUACUUCACCGGCAAGGCACUCGAAUACGAAGACUUUGAAGGUGACGAUGAGUUUGACGAAGACUUUUACGAUGAGGAUGAAGAUGAGGAAGAUGAUGACGAUGAGGAA